AUGACGGUUCUUUCCACCUUUGCCAAGAUUGGUUUGGGGCUUGGGCUCUCAUUUGUAGCAUACAAGACAUAUAGAGGACUGACCAUGACCGAGGAGGAAAAGAAGAGAGAAGCAAACAAGAAUUAUUGGUUGGAUCGUGUCCAUCCAGAGCUGCUCAAUCCAGUGGUUCGAUAUCAACCUGAUCUCAACUUCAACACUGAACGUAAGGUUCGGUUCUUCAACUUUUUAAUGGGGAUCAAAGGCCCCCCUACGAAAGGGGUCAAAGCAGAGGACGUCCCAGGCAUUGGAGUAUGGUUUUCUCCCAAAGAGGAGGAAGGCGACACGAAAAGAGAUCCCAAGGUUGCUGUUUUAUAUCUUCAUGGUGGUGGUAGAAUCAUGGGUCUAUAUUCAAGUGGAUUGCAGGCCAUAUUUUGCUCCAGACUUGUAAAACAUCUCAAUCUCCCUGUGUUCAGCGCCAAGUACCGCACCGCUUUGAUUGAUGAUCCCUUUCCAGCGGCGCUGAAUGACGCAGUUGACGCCUACAAGUAUCUUGUGGAUUCCAUCAAGAAACAAGACCCAACGGCUACCAACGACAACAUUAAGAUUGCACUCUGCGGCGAGUCUGCUGGCGGUGGUUUGGCAGCAGAAAUGUCACAACGUUUGCUGGACGAAUACAAUUCCAACAAUACUAAACAAGAAUCAUCUUAUCCAUUGCCCGUGGCACAGCUCUUGAUCAAUCCCAUGUUGGAUGACAGGACUUCGGUAGAACCAAAGGAGGAAUAUCCAGCGAAUCACUUGAUUUGGAACCAUCACAGCAACAUUUAUGCAUGGUCUACCUAUUUGGGACCCAAUCACAAGCCAGGUCAAGACAAACUGCCAAAGUAUGCUGCUGCGUCGCGACGAGAAAAUUUCAAAGGUCUCCCACCUGCAUGGAUUACGGCUGGAAGCCUCGAUUUAAUGUGUCCAGAAGCGGCGGACUAUGCCAAACGGCUGAAAGAGGCGGGGGUACCAACGGAAUAUCUGGAAAUAAAGGGGGCAUAUCACGGUUUUGUAACCAUUUGUGAAGGAGAUGAGCCUCCCACGAUCCCAUUGUGGAAGAGUUUCAGGGAGUUUGCUCGGAAGUAUUUGUUAGAUGAAUGA